CGCUUCUCAGGAUCGGGACCUGCGGGCUGUCAUCCCCCUCUUGACAAGCCAAUAAAGAUGCCGCCCCCCCGCCCCGGGGAUCCUGGCCCCACGUGGUUGGCCGGGCGGCCCGAAAGCGAAAGUAGAUUGGAGGAAGGAGGCCGGGGAGAUGUUGGCGAUCCCUCCUGAUCAGUGGGGGUGUUUAGCCUGAGGUUACUUGCAGAUAACGGCCACGCCUCUCCACCGCGCCGAUGGGUCCGUAGAGCCUCUAAGUUCCAAAGCAGGCUACCGUAGAAGGAGCUACAGGCGCAAGAGGGAGGCGUUGACUUCCCCACGGUGCUUCCAAUUGCGGAGUCUGCCGUUUCUGGUGCGCGGGGCCCCCGCAAGGGAAGGGGUCUUCCCGGCUCGCUUGUAGCCCCCGCCCCUUCCGAAAGGUUCCCUUGGAGAUGGCUGCUGGCUUCAAAUCUCGCCCACUCUUGUUGGCAGAGCUUGGUCUCUGCUGCCUACGCCGGACGGUCGGAGAGAGGUGUGGCCAUCUAGGGUGGCCUGAUGGGGUGGGGGCCUUCCUGUCGGAACUUAAUCCAAGGGCGGGAAGGGAGAUCCAACCCUGGCUCCUACCCCAGAGAUUCAGAGCCUCUUCUCCAUGCGCAGCUCCCCCACCCCCUAUUUAAGAGGGACACAAAGGGAGGCGAGCGUCCAUUUCCAUGCAAUUGGGCCGGCUGUCAGAAGAGGUUUGCCCGCUCAGAUGAAUUGGCCCGCCACUUCCGCACCCACACCGGCGAGAAGCGGUUUGCCUGCCCCCUCUGUGAGAAGCGGUUUAUGCGGAGUGACCACCUGACCAAGCAUGCCCGCCGCCACCCUGCAUUCCAGCCAGGCAUGGUCCGAAGGUCUGACUGCUACAGGGCCUCCCCUACUGACUCAGCUGGCAGCAGCUUGGCUGGAAGCCCCGCCCCUGGCAGCCCCGCCUCUGACAGCCCCGCCCCUUAAAGGGGCAUCCCACCCUGCUACUUGUCCUUCCCAGGCCCAGCACUAGGGGGCGACCAGGUACUAUUUCAGAGGCAUUUUUUAUUCAGAAUCUUGGCUUCCCCAUCACUUCCAGUUAUGGUUUAAUAUGCCUUAUUGCAGAAACAGCCCCUCCUUAUGCUUGGUGGGCAUUUUGAUUACAAUACCAGUCCCGCUCCCUGCUUGCUUUCAAGCUGUAAGCUCUGUGCACAUUCCCAUCCCACCCUGGCCGAUGGUGGCAGGAUUUGUGGCAACCGGACCAGCAGGCUUGAUUAAACCUUGUUGAUGUUCCUUUGGAAAGGGGCCCCCUCCAACCCCCAAUCAGUGCCUAGCAGAUGAUUUCCUAGCCCUUGGUCAAAGAGGUAGUCCCACCAUCACUUGGCUUCAGUUUCCCAGCUGCAAAGAGACUUUCUUCCAAGGUCUGUGCUUGGUAUCACUGAAAUGUUCAGCCCAACCUCACUGUAGUC